GAGGAGAGAGAGAGAGCCAUAGUGAAGACCCCCAUUCCAAGCUUUGACUUCUCACUAGCUUGACUACUGGAGAUCCAGCAAGAGCCUCAGAUUUCAGAAAGAGAGAGAUGAGCCGGGUGUGCGUCACCGGAGCCGCCGGCUACAUUGCGACAUGGCUCGUCAAGAAGCUCCUCGGCAGAGGCUGCGUCGUCCAUGCAACCCUGCGAGAUCUCGAAAUCGUACGUACAGGGGAUGAGAAGAAGACGGCGCUGCUGAGGAGGAUGCCCGGCGCGGCGGAGCGGCUGGUGCUGUUCGAGGCGGACAUGUACGACGCCGCCACCUUCGAGCCCGCCAUCGCCGGCUGCGAGUUCGUCUUCCUCAUCGCCACCCCGCUGCAGCACGACCCCAGCAGCACCAAGUACAAGAACAACACGGAAGCGGCCGUGGACGCGAUGCGCGUCAUCCUGCAGCAGUGCGAGCGAUCCAGGACAGUGCGCCGUGUCAUCCACACGGCCUCCGUCACCGCCGCCUCGCCGCUCCGGGAGGACGGCAGCGGCGGCUACAAGGACUUCAUCAACGAGUCCUUCUGGUCUCCACUCAACCUCACCUACGACUUCACCAAUGCUCAUCUGGACGGUUAUGUGUCAUCCAAGUCGCUCUCCGAGAAGGAGCUCCUGAGCUACAACUCCUCUCCAUCGCCGGCGUUCGAGGUGGUCACCUUGGCGUGCGCGGUCGUCGGCGGCGACACGCUCCAGCCGUACCUGUGGAGCACCAUCCCGGUGAUCAUGUCGCCGCUCACCGGCGACGAGCUCUGCCACAACGUCCUCAAGUUUCUGCAGGCGCUGCUGGGCUCCGUGCCGCUGGUGCACAUCGACGACGUCUGCGACGCGCACGUCUUCUGCAUGGAUCAGCCGUCCAUCGCCGGCCGCUUCCUCUGCGCCGCCGGGUACCCCAACAUGAAGGACUACAUCGACCGCUUCGCCGCUAAGUACCCAGAGAUCGAGAUCAAGCUCAAAGAGGUCAUUGGGGAGGGGGUGAGGGUGCAAGCUGACACCAAGAAGCUUGUAGAUUUAGGGUUCAAGUAUAAGUAUGGGGUGGAGGAGACGCUGGAUUGCAGUGUGGAAUGCGCGAAGAGGUUGGGAGAACUCUGAUGUGAUGAUGUGUAGCAAAAAUUCGUGAAUUGCUUGACCUUAUACACAUGGGUAUACCGUGUGUGUGUUCGGUAAGAAACGAAUGAACGACAAAUUCGUUCUUGCUCGAAUAUUCGUAAACGCAGAUCGAUCCGAGAUGUGAGGAAAUGUUGGGUUAUAGUCAUCAUCAACGGAUCACAACUUUUGGACUGUUUUGAGAUAUAGUCAUCUCUGACAGGUCCGCACUUGUAACAGUUGAUAUUUUUCUUAUUACUAGUGAUCACCGACGAGGCAUACAUUAUGUAGGUUAUCAUCCAUCACGAAUAAAGGAUUUUAUUGUAGUGA